UAGUGAGAUAUGCUCACUGUAUUUUAGUGCCUUAUAUUUAUAGUAGCCACCCUAAAAAAAAAAAGGUGCUACUAACGCUAUAGAUGAGCAGAUACCCUAAGACGAUAAGAUCAACCUUUUUUUCUUUCUUUUUUUUUUCUCUUCCCUCCUUGGCCCCCCCCCCCCCCCCCUCUCAAUUCGGACAUGUCACGAUUCCACGUAGGACUAUCACUUCAAAAAAGAGCCGGCUGAGAACUAACCUUUUAGUAUUUGUAUUCGCUCGAGAGGAAGCUAUUCUGAACUUGGACCUAACGGAACUGAAUACUCGGGAUUUCCACUUUGGAAGUUUUCUUUUUAAGCCGCCAGGCGGCCCCGUGGGCCAAAUACAUCAACUUGAGACGGCGGCUUUGAGCACUUUGCAAAUCUUGACCGUCGAUCUCGCGGAGCUAACCGGUCCUGAGGCUCCAACUAGAAGCAAGUUGAAGAGGGAUGCAGUUUUGCCGACCUAACUGGGUAGUGCUGGAAGCGGAAAACAAGAUCGACAUUGGUUUUUGUACAUGUACAUCUGAGUAGGAAAUAGCCAUUGACCUGGGUAUGGGCGGGACACGACCUUAUCGAAAUUAAAAGAUCUUCAAGACCCAAUUUGGCCGACAAAUGCGACAUGUUAAUCGCAGAGUAACGGGAAGUGGCAGAGUGGGUAGUGAUAGUAAUGAUAUUUAGCGGCGGUAGUAGA